AUGGGUGGAGUUACUUCAUCAAUGGCGGCAAAGUUUGCUUUUUUUCCGCCCAACCCACCUUCAUACAAGCUCAUCACUGAUGACCUUACUGGUCUCUUGCUUCUCAGUCCGUUUCCACACCGGGAAAAUGUUGAAAUCCUUAAGUUACCAACUAGAAAAGGCACUGAGAUAGUGGCAAUGUAUAUAAGGCACCCCAUGGCUAGCUCAACAUUGUUGUAUUCUCAUGGAAACGCUGCCGAUCUGGGUCAGAUGUAUGAGCUCUUCAUCGAAUUAAGCAUCCACUUGAGGGUUAAUCUCAUGGGAUAUGACUAUUCUGGAUAUGGGCAAUCAACUGGAAAGCCUAGUGAGCAACACACAUAUGCAGAUAUUGAAGCUGCAUAUAAGUGUCUUGAGGAAAGUUAUGGUACGAAGCAGGAAGAUAUCAUCCUUUAUGGCCAAUCUGUUGGAAGUGGCCCGACUUUGGAUCUUGCCGCUCGAUUGCCUCAGUUAAAGGCCGUUGUUCUGCACAGUCCCAUACUUUCCGGCUUAAGAGUCAUGUAUCCUGUAAAGCGUUCAUACUGGUUUGACAUUUAUAAGAAUAUUGACAAGAUUCCACUUGUAAAUUGUCCCGUUCUUAUCAUUCAUGGAACUUCAGAUGAAGUUGUUGAUUGCUCCCAUGGAAAGCAACUCUGGGAACUGUGUAAAGAGAAAUAUGAACCACUUUGGCUCAAAGGAGGGAGCCACUGUGAUUUAGAGCACUAUCCUGAGUACAUCAGGCAUCUCAAGAAAUUCAUAUCAACUGUAGAGAAAUCUCCUUCCCAGAGAUACAGUUCCAGGAGAAGCACAGACCACUUCGAGCAGGCUCGGAAGAGUACUGAUUUCUUUGAAGUUUCAAGGAAGAGCACAGACCGGCGAGAGAAGCCAAGACCAAGCACCGAGAGACCUGAAAAACUGAAAAACCAUUCCAACAAUGCUGACAAGCUAGAAAAACUGAGAAUGUCUUUCGACCAAAUGGAAAGAUCUCGGAGGAGUGUGGAUUGUCACGAGAAAUCACGAAAAAGCAUCGACCACCAGUUGGAAAGAGCUCGAAAAAGUGUUGACCGGUUGGACAGAAUACGAAAUGGGUAAUACAACUAGAAGAACAAAGAAAUUUGCAGUGAUUUGGUGUUGUGGGGAAUGUAUUUUGCUUCUCUUUUUAAUUUAUUUAUUAUGAUUUUGUGGCUGUGUAGUUGGCUUGUGGUAUCUCUAUAAUAACAAUGGCAUGAAAUGAGAAAAAGGGUAUGGUGUUAUAAUGAGGUAAACUUAGCUGCCUGUAAACCCAUGUUCUCAUUGUUUCAC